CCUACAGUUGCAGUAAUCCAGAGGCCUGUCAGUUCCUGACUUCAUGCAUGUUUAUUCCUACUUGUUUUAUAAUAUUGCCCUGGAAUUUCCUGUCUUAGAUAGUUUGCUAUUGCAUCUUCAGGACUCUUGUAACAGGUAUUCAAAGAGUCAAGAAAGAAAACAUCUCCUCUGAAACUUGCAGAACACUUCCGAUUUAGUCAGUCACCAUGAACAAGAAUACUUGUACUCUAUAUGGGAGGAGUAAAAGUAUUUCAGAAGAAGUACUCCAUCACUGUAGUGAGGAGGAAGAGUCUUUCCAAGCAAUGGAGCCCUAUCUCGUGCGGAGAUUAUCAUCCCGUAACAUCCAGCUUCCCCCUUUGGCUUUCAGGCAGCUAGAACAAGCUGAUUGGGAUAAAAAGAAUGAUACUGAGACCAUGCCACGGCCCACAACUCUUCCACUGAGGAUUCCUCCUGUGAUUGCCAUUACAUCAGCAGAGUCCAGCAGUUUCGAUGUGGACAAUGGUACGUCAUCGGGACGAAGUCCCUUGGAUCCCAUGACGAGCCCUGGAUCAGGGCUAAUUCUUCAGGCAAAUUUUGUCCACAGUCAACGUAGGGAGUCUUUCCUUUACCGGUCAGACAGUGACUAUGAUCUUUCUCCGAAGUCUAUGUCGAGGAACUCCUCUAUUGCCAGUGAUAUACAUGGAGAUGACUUGAUUGUGACACCAUUUGCUCAGGUGCUGGCCAGCCUGCGUACUGUACGGAAUAACUUUGCUGCAUUAACCAAUUUACAAGAUCGGGCACCCAGCAAACGGUCACCAAUGUGUAACCAACCAUCUAUUAACAAAGCAACUAUAACAGGAAUAUUUGUAAUGCAGAUUGUGCAGUCUUUCCUGCUGAAAAUAUUCUUCUGGUCAUACUGUUCUCAGAGUUCAUGUCAGUGAGUAUCCAGAGUAAUGCACUAGACAGGACCCACCACAUCACCCAGAUGGCACAGCUUGCAAUCUCAGUGAGAAACAACCAUGAGCCUUACAAUCUGGGUGACUGGAAGACGCAGUUUUACUAAACAAUGUCAAUGCUGAAACAGAAUUAUACACAUAAGGUGGAAGGUUUAACUUGCUAAGAGUUAUCUUCCAGGAAAAGCAGAAGUGAAGCAAGGGCGACCAUUGCAGAUGGUAUGGGGAAGAUGAAAAGGGAAAGAUAAAAAUGGAUUAAGUAAAGCAAAGUAACAGAAAUAGCAAGAGAAAAAUUCUCCCGCAGUGAUCAGAAAGUAUUUUCUGCUAUUUUAAGAAUUUGUCUCAAGGUAGAAACGUGGGAGAAAAUGCAGUAGUAAAAAAUAGGAAACUGGAGUUCAUAGAUUCUUAUUGGACUUGAGCUAUAGCCUUUACAGGCAUUGCUCUGGAUCUUAAAUCCAGCAGAAAUUGGUAUCAUUUUUAUUGAAUUGAGCUUCUUGCAUGUUUUUCAUAGUCUUUGUCUAACACAAGUCAUGGUGGGUACACAUUAGCUACAGGCUUCCCAGGGAAAUUUAUGGUUUUGAAGCAUAAUCUGCCAGUCUUUGGUAUAGUUUUUAUUUUAAUACACUGGAUAUAUAAUAAAUCAUUAUUUAAUAAUUACACCAUUUUAAUUAAUUAAACAGUGUUUAGACUGCUGAAGUAUCAUGCACUUAAACAUCUCUUGGACAAGUUAAGCAUCUGUAUUUAAACAGGCUGUAAUCCUGAAUACAUGCAGACGGUCAUAUGGGAAAAAAGUAAAGGUUAUAGAUGAAAAUAAAGAUAUUGUUACUGUAUGGCACUGGAAAUGAUUAUUUUGAUGUGUACAUCUAUAUGUAACCUAUCUCUCAUUCAUUCCAGUUCUACAACUGAAAGAUUUAAUAAGUAAUGACAUAAAAUUAAAAUAGAGUAAUUUAUUCUUAAGAAUUAAAUGGAAGAAACAAUUCUGUUAAUGAGAUGCCUCAAACUCUUCAAAAGUCUAGAUGACAAAGUAUUAAAUAUCCUGCUGACCAAACUGUUCUGUACAGUACUUCACUACACUGAGAUGUCCUGAGUAAUCUAUAUGCUUUUUGUUCUUUCCUGUAUCUGUGAUUCAGCAGGGGAUAAAGCAAAUGAGAGAACACAUGAGUGGACAGAAAAAAAAAGCAAAAGAUGCAAGCCUUACAGAGGUUAAUUCAUGCAAUAUCAGGAUAAUUCCCAGGUUUUGGAAACAGGGAUAUGGAACUUAAUGGGUUCUAAUGCCCAUGAGAAUAGAGGGUUAAAAAAAAAAACGACAAUAGUUCAGAUUUUCAACAAAAAUCUCAUAAUGCAGUAUCACUGUCAUAUUUCAAAAUGCUGAAGAAUUGAUAUUUCAGACCCAGGUUUGGACAGAUAUCCAGAAUGUGUCCUACCUAGGUGAUAACUGCAAUCUAUACAUCACUUCUCUAGAUACAGUCAGCAAGAUUAUAGUUAUAAUGUAUAUUAUUAUGAGAACUUCCCACUCACAUUUAAUUUGCCACUGAAUAUGUUUCUACCUCAUUACAGAGGAGUAUUCUACUGCACUGCAAAAUGUUUGGCAGAGGUGAAAUAAAAUGGUCAGAAAUUCUCACUGAAUUGAGAAAAGAGUGCUUUUCUGUAUUAGUGUAGAAACCUGACUCCCAACAGCUGUGGUUUUGUUCUUUCCGCAGUAGGUGGAAUGACAUGUAAAUGUUUUGUUCUUUACAGUUUUGCUUACACAUGUGCCUCUAUGUGUAAUUAAAAAGAAUUUACCUCACUUCUGAAAGCUAUUUUACUUUCUGGCUCAUACCACAAGCAUUUAUAUUUUCAAAUAUGAAUGUGUUUUGUAGCAUUUUCACAUAUUUCAGCCUGAGGUAAGUUCUAUCUAUUAUCUGAGAAAUUAGCAGAUGUUCAUCUGCAGACUUAGAAUAUGAGUGUGACAGUAUGUAUCACCAGCAGCUGAAUUCAGUAAUUAGAACUGCUUUAGAGACACUAUAAGUCAAUGGCACACACACGCCAGUUCAUCUCAAUUUGCUUCCUAGGGAAGUAUUUUUGAAAUUCUCAUUUAGGAUCAGAAUUCUUAAUGCCAGGUAGUUAAAUGGCUCCUUUUCCUCCUGCAAAUGGUUUUGAAAUUUCUCCUUCUUUGAACUGUAUGAAGAGAAGCUGUAUUAAUUACAAGGUUUUUUUUUUUUUUCUCAUGUUGACUUAAUUUUUUUUCUCAUGUUGGCCACAUUGACACAUUGGACUCAGUGGUGUGGUUUUUAUGCUAUGCUAUAAACAUAGCGCUCUGUAUCACUGUCAGUCAGAUAAAGUAGUUUUCAUUUUGUUAUUUAUGUGCAACGCAAUUUCUGCCUUACAAAUAAAAAUACUACAAACUCACAUGCUAGGCUAAUAAUCUACUAAUUUAUAGUAUACUGAAGAACUUGACACCAACAAUAAAUGUUGUGGAAUUUAGAGCUGAUUUAUCCUGUUUUCUGCAUAGCUAUUCAUUUACCCACCAUCUGUGCAAUAGUGUUCUCUCUAACAUCCUUCAAGAACAUAGCCAUCUUCUUUAAAGAAGUAAUUUCCUUUCUCAAAAAAAAUGAUUGGUGGUGUUAUCUGGACUUUCGUGUAGCACAGAGCAAUGUGUACAGGCGAUUCUCUCAAGCUAUUGCUUUCAUUUCUGGCAUUUCUGACAGCUUUAAGCAGCCACAGUGCAAGUUCUGAAGUUCAGUAGCCAAUAUAAAUCUGCAGAGAAAAUUGUUGAGAAAAAUACUGGUGCAUAUUUUUUGUAAAAACAAAACAAAACAUCUUAAAAUAAUUAGCAUUUGUUUAAAAUCCGCUAUUUGGAAUACUCAAUAUAAAAUUGAUAUCAAUACAUACAAUAAGAAUGUAAUUGGGAAAAAGAUCAGCAGUUAUUGGCAUGGAAUGAAGUUUUAAAAGGCUGUGUGUAUUUUUCAUUAACCUGUUAUUACAUAAUAUUGAAAUUUAUUUGUAGUCUGCAUCCUUGUUCUCUUUUAGAGUUACAUAAGGCACUGAUCUUAGGGCUUUGCAUACUGAAAGGACAGCAGAAACAGAUGGCUGAGAUUGGAAGGAUUAAAAUCCUCAUGCUGUAUACAGGCCCUUCUUGAAAAGAUUUAUUUUGCUUGUUAUUAUUUUAUACCAGACUCCAAUUCACAUUUAUGGGAUUAAACUCUUACAACAUGCAUACAUGUUGGUUUAAGGAGAAGUAGUGAUACCAUUGAAAAUUUGGGGUGAUGCAUUAUGAACUAUAAUAUGAACUAUAAUAUUUUUUUCUUGUGCCAUUCAGGUAACAUAAAAAAGAUUUAUAUUGGGCAGCCCAAAGUGAAUACAACUUCAGCUUUCAGUGAAAUCCCUCCGGCUCGUCCAUGUAAUUCAGUAACUAGAAAUGCAGUUGUUUUCUGCUUUAGCUAGUUUCAACUACACAAUUUCCAAAAUAAGCUCACAAUUUUCCAGCAAGUGUUAUCAUAAAGGAUUGACAAGAAUCAGUUUCAGUUAAGCUGAAGCAAACCUCCUCGCUAGAUUAUUUUUUUUAAUGAUCAAUAAUACUUUGCAUAAAUAAAACAGAUUUGGAAAACAGCAGUAUUUACGUGAACUAGUCCUUUCAGUUAAUCAUUAAAGGCUUUAUCUAAGUCAUGAUAGCUAAAAGGAGAGUUAUCUCAUUUAUAGUUUUCUUAUCCAGAAUAAUAACAAAAUCUUACUGCUUUAUGAGAUAUGGGGCACAAGCUACAUUCAGACUGAAACUUAUUAAUAUGUUUCCUGCACAGAGUAAACAGUGAAUGUCAAGAAAAGCAAGGGAUAGGAGAGACGAAAAGCCACUCUUCACUCAGGCUCAUAUAAUCACUUUUCACCUAGGGGGUGAACUAGCAGCUUCUUCCACUGCACCUGGUUUUAUUGGCUUUUUUAAUGAGUAAAUUCAGGCCAUGUUUGCCUAUUUUAUAUUUAAAAAAACAGUAACAACAAGCAGCCACCUAGUCCUCUGUUUCACAGCUUGUGGAACUGUCAUGUGCGAUGUAAAGCUUAACGUGUGUUAUUUCAAAGGAUAACUAUUAUGUUCUCUUUCCCUUUAAAGUGAGUAAUAUACACUCCCAGUUUAGCCUUUUUCAUGCCAGGGUUUUUCUAUGAAGGUUUGAUGAGUACUUUCUCUAUUUUCAUCCACAGACCCUUAACUAACAUUGCAGAAAUUUUCUCACUGAGACAAUAGUGCUGGUUCAUUCAGUGGGUUUGUGAAACACUGGUUAACUUCCUUGAGGCAGAAUAGAAGGAAAAGGAUUGAUGUGGUUUUGGACAAAGCAAGUUGUUUAUGUAUCAUCUCACAUUCAAGGAAGUGAGUAAAAUCAGGCUGCAAUUUAGAAUAAUCUCUGUAUUAGACUACUGCAUUAUACUAUGAAAAAUAUUGGGAGAAAUUUAGGCUUUGUAUACUGUAAGAGAAACCUAAGUUGUUAUUACCAUCACCUACAAUAUGUUUAAGCAGUGUCUUCUCCUAGCCAUACUAAUUGCAAAAUGUUGAUUUUUGUUAGGUUAUUUAAAAGGACUAACAUGUAUUCUGAAAAGAUAUUCUUUCCCCCAACUUGUAAGCAUUGCUCAGCACUUCAAGUUACUCCUUCUUACAACUGUAUUGUAGUAUAUACUUGAUUUUGAAAUAGACUUACACAUUGUAGAGUUGGAAUAUGUAAUCAAUCACUGCACUGAGAAUUUGAUGUGCAACACAACACUGAUUUUCACUUUUUACCUUUAACUUGGUCUCAUAUUUUGCUGCAUCAGUGAAUGUUAAUAUAUCAUCAUUUCAUCAAAACAGUCUAUCUUACUGGAAAGAUAGACAGGAUAACAAACUUUGUUUGCUUCCUCUUUUCAGCCCAGCUGUGUAACUUACAGUCACUCUUAGUUGAGAAAUGUGUUUCAGACUGCGUUUACAGUAUUGAUAAUAAUAACACAACUGCAGGAGUGAAAAGUAGAUUGUUCUGUAGGAUUAGGUAAGAAGAAUUACGAAGAAAGACAGGACUUUUGUUUAUGCCAUUAUUCUCAUUCCUGUUGCAAAUGCAGCCCAUCAGUGAUGAAUAUAGAAAAUAAAACUGUAGAUAUGAGUUCAGUUAUGGUUGCUGGGUGUACUCUAAGCGCAUCUUCAUUUCACAAUUUCUCCAUCUUCUGGCAUCAGUGAUCAGUGGUACCUUGUCUUCUGUCCAACUGAAAAGACAGAUCUGAAAGUAGAUCUCUCUUCCACUGACAAGUUACUGAGAAACUGGUUCCAUAAAGCCUAUUCACUUUCUUGAGUAUCCAUUUAGAAAUCAGGGGCUACACUGGGACUACCCAUUAAAGACUGCAAGUUCUGCUUUUAAUAUAGGCUGGCUUCUGAGUACUGACCCUGAUGAACGCUAUGAAUCAGCACACACAGCAGCCAGGGUCAGAGAACCCCAGAGAGAAGCAAGAAUAGCAGCUCUUCUGUUAUGGACUAUGGAGUUCUGCAGCCUUUGCCAAUACGCAGAAAAACUGAAUGAAUAAGGUUUAGGACCUGGGCCUGCUUAACAUGUCUUCCAGGAAAGAGCUCAUUACCAGACUACAGGCUCACCUCAUUUUCACUCAUUCCUAUUGGACCUCAUGCAUUUUGCAUUACAUUCUGCAAAAUGAGUCAUCUUCAGCUGGAGGGAAUAAUUCCAAGUUGGUGGUACUUGUGCCAACUGCGCUUAAUCAAGAACUGAAAUUUAAAAAAAAAAAAAAAAAAAAAAAAAAUUAAGAAUGAUCAAUACCUAAAACUCAGACUUCUGAUCACAAGUGAGUUGACAUAAUGUCUUUGUGCAUGAGGCUUUUCCUAUGUUAGGUGACUCAUCUCAGAAGACCGUUUGUGCUGAAACAUGGUUCUGCAUGGAAGUAACACUCGAUCACAGAACGAGAUCAUGUUGAUCAAGCAGGACGUAUCUUUCUUGCUGGCUGAACCUGAUCACCCAGCUGUCUUGGAAAAUCAACUUUUUAAACAGAUACAUGGUGACUGAUCAAGGGAGAAUGGAUUUAAGCUAAAGAAGGGAAGAUUUAGAUUAGACGUUAGGAGAAGUUUUUCAUUGACUGCGUGGUGAGGUGCUGGAACAGUCUGCCCAGGGAGGUUGUGGACAUGCUGUCCCUGAAGGUGCUCAAGGCCAAGUUGAAUGGAGCCCUGGGCAGCCUGGUCUAGUACUUGAUCUAGUGGCUGGCAACCCUGCCCGCAGCAAAGAGACUGGAACUUGAUCCUGGAGGUCUCUUCCAACUCAAGUCAUUCAAUGAUACAGUUAAGUCUAUCAUAUAUUCAGACAUGCCUCUGUGUUUCAUACUUCCAAUUAGCUAGCUCUAUAUAGCUUAUUAUAUUAAAUCUCUUCAGAACAGGCUUUCAGUACAGUUGAGGAAGGAAGGCAACUGUCUUAUACCAUCUGAAAACUUUAUGGAGUCACUGACUUCCCAGGUGCAUAACUGGGCAAGACCCAACAGAAACUAAUUUGGUAUCACUAUUUGCAAAAAAGGCACCACUGAGCAGCCUAAGAAUCCUAAAUGCCAUAUUUCCUAGCAGAAACCUACUGGGAAAGAGUUGCAAAAAGGAAGUGGUUUGCUGUGAGAACAUGAAGAGAAGUGACAGGAAGCAGUGAAAGAGAUGGAAGACCUUACUGGACAGCUCUUACUUUAAAUAUUAAAAGCACCAGAGUAUAACUUCUUUCAAAUUUCCUAAUCAGAUACAAACCAUAGUUCUCAUGCAAGUUUGCACAGCCGUAAAUGAACUUCUGUGUAACAGAACUGGGAAAAUAUGGGGUUUUUUUUGUUUGCUUGCUUUUUAAAUCAUAGUCCUUGUCUACUUACAGUUGAGAAUAUUCAGCUCCAACUUGUCUUGGACCAGAUCUUUUGUAUCAGGAGCAUAGAUACAAAGCUGAAUUAAUUCUAAGCCAUAAUAAAUCACAUUUAUUUUCCGAUUUAAAAAAAGAUGAGAGACAAUAAAUUAAGAUAGUCUCUCUUACAUUUUAGGAUAACAAUUCAGUUUUCUGAUUUUAAUGAUAUUAAGUAGGAGUAGGAGUGCAUCUGAGUGAGUGAAUUUUUCCACUAGAUAGCUUACUACUACACUAAAGAAACAGGAAAUAACUCAAGAAAACUGGAUUAGAAGUUUACCUCUUAUUAAGCCGUAUGCUAGUGGACACACUAUAGGAGCCAUUGACUGCUUAGUCUUUAACUGAAAGAGUGCUAAGAUUUACAUAAGAAAAACGCCACGAAGAAUUAAACGCCAAAGAAAUGGAGGAGAAAACUGGAACAGUUUGAUGUAGCCUGGUCACCUGAGUCAGUGAAGUGCUAGUGAUGGAAAUCAGUAAGGCCUGAAAGAUGAGAAGAGGCAACUAGUGGAAAAGAAACCAACAUUUAUUAUUAUUAAUGGUAGUAGUAGUAGUAUUUAUUAGCAUCAUCUUUUGAAUCCCACUUCUAUCAGGAGUGAAGCAAAAUCAGAAUUUGGGGCAAGUUCGUUUCUUUAUUGGAUUUUGUCAAAUAGAAGCAGCAGGAAUGGGAAAUAAAAAACUGCAAAUCUGCUUUUCAUGUUCUGUUCUUUCUGUUUCCUAAACGAAAAGAGACCUGUAUGAUGGAUUUCAGCAUUUCAGCUGCAGUAAUGUAAUACUUUUCUUACUCCUCUUCUUGUGUUUUGUUUUCUUUUUUGU